AUGGAUAAAAGCGCUUUGAAUGGAAAACACGUAGCUAUUCGUGCUCCAGCACAAAGUGGAGCAUCAUACUACAAUUAUAAAGGCUUUUACAGCAUUGUCCUAUUGGCUGUAGUAGAUUCGGAUGUGAACUUCCUAUACGUAGAUGUCGGCUGCAAGGGUCGUAUUUCCGAUGGAGGGGUAUUAAAAAAUUCGGAAUUAUACAACCUCUUGGAAAGAGAGGAGCUUAAUAUUCCUAACGCGGACAAACUAAGGCUUAACGACACGGUUAACAUACCAUACAUGUUUCUUGGACACAAAGCCUUUCCCUUAAAAAAAUAUUGCUUGAGACCAUACUCUACUCGGGACCUGCGUAGCGACAGUCCAGAAGGAAUAUUUAACACAUGUCAUUCACGUGCGCGCCUUCCGGUUGAAACUGCGUUUGGCCAAUUAAGUACGAGAUUUCGAGUCUUAUUAACAACAAUGCAAUUGAAUCCAGAAUUUGCAACGAAAAUAACAUUGUUGCUCUAG